UGGGGCAGCGAUGUCGGCAGCUGCUUCUGAGGGACCCGCUGGGGGCCCUCUGCCGAGUGACUGAUGGGCUCGGGGUUCAAAUGCUUCUCCCUGAGUCUAACCGACAGCCUGCCUCCUGUCUGCCUGGCUAGCCCUUGCCUGCUGUCUGUCCAUCCCUGUGCAGCCGAUCGGUCCCUGCCCCAGGAUGACCCUCUUCUGUCCGUGUCUGACCUCUCUGGGACGUGACUGACCACUGCGUGGCCUGCCUGCCCAGGGCCCAGCUCCCAUCUGUCCAGGGGGCAGGUUGUAUCCUGUCUGGUUGAUGACUCGGUGUCGGCUGUGGAUUCCCGUCCUAGAGCCCUGCCUGUCCUCCCACCACACGGAACCCAGCUGCCCCCCUGGGAGCCCCCUGAGUGGCCAGAGCUCGCGGAAUGGACGUCUGAGGAAGAAGCUGGAAUAGCAGGCCCGGAGUCAGCAUGCCGUGUGGCUGGGCCGCCCCCCUGCUCCUGCUGCUGCUCCAGGGUGCCUGGGGUUGCUCAGACCUUGUCUGCUACACCGAUUACUUCCGGACGGUCACCUGCUUCCUGGAGACGUGGACCCCCCACCCCAGCGUGCUCACCCUCACCUGGCAAGACCCCUACGGAGAACUGGAGGAUGAGGUCACCUCUUGCAGCCUCCACCGGUCCACGCACAAUGCCACUCACGCAAAAUACACGUGCCACAUGGAUGUGUUCCGCUUCAUGGCCGACGACAUUUUCAGUGUCAACAUGACAGACCAGCCUGGCAACCGCUCCCAGGAGUGUGGCAGCUUUGUCCUGGCCGAGAGCCUCAAGCUGUCUCCUCCUUUCAACGUGACCGUGACCUUCUCAGAACAUUAUAACAUCUCCUGGAGCUCCAAUUACGACUCCUACGCGCUCAAGGGCAAACUGCAGUAUGAGCUGCGGUACAGGAAGCGGGGAGACCCCUGGACGCAGAGUCCGGGGAGGAAGCUGAUCUCGGUGGAUGUCAGGAGUGUCUCCCUCCUGCCCUUGGAGUUCCACCCAGGCGCCAGCUAUGAGCUGCAGGUGCGGGCGGGGCCCCAGCCCGGCUCCUCCUUCCAGGGGGCCUGGAGCGAGUGGAGUGACCCGGUCCUCUUUCACACCCAGCCAGAAGAGUUCAAGGCAGGCUGGCACACGGACCUGCUCUAUCUCUUCCUGGUCUUCACGCUCCCCAUCCUUGUCUACUUAGGUCUGAAGAUCCGCCUGCCUUGGAGGCUGUGGAAGGUGUGGGUGCAGGUGCCCAGCCCCGAGCCAUUCUUCCAGCACCUGUAUGUGAACCACAGCGGGAACUUCAAGAAAUGGGUGGGCACGCCCUUCACUGCCUCCAGCCUGGACCUGGGCCCCUGGAGCCCAGGGGUGCCCUCGCCCUUGGAGAUGUACAACUGCUGCCCCCCGCUGAGUGCAGCCCAGGGGCUGGAGACCACGCUGCUGCCCGCGCCUGCGGAUCUGGUGGAAACCGACAGCGCCCCUAAGCCCGAACCCGAGCCUGAGCCGGGCUACUGGGGCCCUGCCCCCUGCACUGGCAGUGCGGGAAGCUCAGCUUACAGCCAGGAGGGGGACCGGCCCUAUGGCCUGGUGUCCAUCGACACGGUGACCGUGGUGGGUGCAGAGGAGCCGUGUGCCUGGCCCUGUACCUGUGGGGAAGAUGGCUACCCAGCCCUGAACCUGGACGCUGGCCUGGAGCCUGGCCCGGGCACCGAGGACCCGCUCUUGGGCCCUGGGGCCACAGUCCUGUCCUGUGGCUGUGUUGCAGCUGGUGGCCCUGCCGGGCUGGGGGCCCCCUUGGGCGGCCUCCUUGACAAACUGAUGCUGCCCCUGGAAGAUGAGGCAGGUUGGGCGCCAGGGCCGCCUUGGGGUGGUGGGCCACCCGGAGGGGUGUCUGACAGCGAGGCGGGCUCGCCCCCCGCCGGCCUGGACAUGGACACGUUCGACAGCGGCUUCGCAGGCUCUGACUGCGGCAGCCCCGUGGAGUGUGACUUCUCCAGCCCCCGGGACGAAGGGCCCCCCAGGAGCUACCUGCGCCAGUGGGUGGUCAUGGCCCCUCCGCCUGCAGGGCCGGGGCCCCAGGACAGCUAGUGAGGCUGAUGGCUGUUCAGAACUGGUUGUGCCCCCGGGCGGUGAGGCAUGGGCGCCUGGGCUGUGGUGGGAAGAGGCCUGCAGCCUUUGGUCUCCCAGGGCCCUGAGCCUGGAGUUGAUGCUGUGUGUGUGUGGCUCAGGGGCGCACGGCGUGUCUGCGUGUGCGAGCAGCACGCACGGGUGUGCACACGGCGGCAGCCUCCCUCCCUACAGGGCACAUGGGCUGGCCCCUGGGUCACAUUUGAGAAUCUGGUCCAGUGCUGCCCACAGGCCUCCUGGGACCAGGACACUGCCUGUGACAGACACCAAGCCCCGCCCCCGGGGCCUGCCCCUCCAGGAGCCGCAGGAAGGCCAUAUUGUUCCUGAUCAGGUGGGAAGACCUGGGGACAAGGAGAGGCCUGUAGCUAGGUCUGAGCCUUGACUCUGACGCCUCCUGGCUGUGCCACCUCGGGUGCUGGUCCCCGCUCUGGGCUGGGACUUCCUAUCUGGACAUGUGGAUGGCGCUGCCCUCGGGGAGAAAUCAGUGCAGUCACCCACCUAGUGCGCAGCCCAGAGCAGACCCUCAAUAAACGUCAGCUUCCUUCCUUCUGAGGCGGGACCGAGGCUUGUGCUGAAGGUGGGUGGGGGCGAGAAAGCAGCCACAGCCUGGGCCUGUGGCCAUCCCCACCCUGCAGAGGGGCACUGCGUGGGCGGCGGGGGGGAGGGGGUAGGAGGUGUUUCCGGGCUUAAAAUCAGUCAGCGUUGUCUCUUCAGACAGCCUCCCACCCACCAAAAAUUGUUUUUCUGGCUCCUUCUGCCCAUAUUUAAAUUCCCUUUAUGCGCCCAGGAAAUAUUUAUUGAGCACAGUGUGUGCUGGGCAUUGUGCCGAGUGCUCGGUACAGGGUGGGAGCACAGGCCCAGGGACCCCCUUGGCACUCAGGGUGGGGACAGGGCAGCGGGAGUUGGCAGGAAGGACACAGCACUCUCAUGUACUCGCUUGGGGAGUUAGGGGAGUCACGUUCUUGCUGAUGAUUUGUAAGUCUGUUGAAAUGUGAAUUAAGAAGCCAAGAAAACAGUUCUCAGCCAUGUCUUGAAGGCACGUCCUGAACAUCAUUUUGCACAGGCGGUGAUACAAACGCUGCAUAUUGCACUCUACUCGUAUUUUUAAAAAGAAAAUGGACUGUUUUCCCCUGAAGAGCCUUGACCUUUAGAGGUGACUUUUCAAGACCAUCCAGAUGAUGAAGGCAGCUGGGAGGUGACUCAGAGGCCACUCCAGGGCCCUGAGGGGAAUCCCCACCCAGCCUGGAACCCCACUGGGACCCCCGCCUGUUACCCUCCCCGGGUUGGGCCAGGCUGCAGGGCCAGGCCUGAAGCAGACAGCUCUGGCUCGUCUCUCCUUUUGGGCAAGUCUGAGCUACACGUUGGUCCAUCUGAAAGCUUCUCUGUGACUCAUCUGUAAAACUGAAUGGUUGGGAAAAGUCACUGAGAGAAUACCCGUGGUGUGGAAAGUUCUAGAACAUUAUUAACCUGGAUGAGGCUGUUUGUGGCUCAAUGGCAGCACAAAUGUGAAACCACAGCCCCUGCAUAUGUGUGAACAGCCCUCACCACCCCACCAUCACCCUGGAGACACCUGAGCCAAGGUGGGCUGUGGUUUUCUCACCCUCUUGGGGGCAACAGGUUCCAGGAGCCACCUGGUCCCCUAGGCCAGCUGCUCAGCU